UGUUCCAAUAUAAUAACCUCUCAAUUGCGGACGAUUUCUUCUCUCCUUUUCUUAAUCACACAUGAAAAAACCAAGCAAUUCCCUCAAAACCCCCCAUUUCCCACCCAUUUUCCCUUUUCAAAACCCUAAUUUUCGCCCCCAAUUCGUUGUUUUCCGGAUACCUCACCGGUUUUCUCUUCCGAUGAUGCCCAAUAUCUGAGAAAAACACCUUCCAUUGCAUCCUUCUUUCUCCUUUUCUAUUCAAUCGGAACCCGAAUUCGAGGAUCUGAUGGACUUCCAAGAAAGAGAUUCCUCCAUGGCCAUUUCCAGGGCCUCGAAUUCGUAUAUCAAUGCCCUUUCCUUGACUCAUUCUGCUUGGUUCGAGGUCCGGCUUUUUUAUGUUCGAAUUUCUCCCUGUGUCAUUGCUAGCGUUCCUGACCAUCUUAAUUUACGCCACCUUCGACGCGAAAUUGGUGUUUCCCUCGAGAUUAAUGGGUCUCAAAUUCCAGCCUCCGACUCCGCUUCUAUUGCCCUUCGUCGUGAUCGGCUCAACAAGGAAUCCUCUGAGGUUACCUAUGUUAGCACUGACAGCAUCCGGGUCUCGGGCGGUGUGGAGUUUGAGGUGUAUGAGAAUGAGGAUUUGAUUCUCUGUGGCUCUUUGGAACGAAUCGAGGCCAAUUGGAUUAAUGGGAGCGUUGGAUUGGAGAACAAUUCGAAGAAGACAGGUUGGACCAUGGAAUGUUUUAUGGCUGCGUCCAUGUGUUCGGGUUCCUCGGCCUUUUUCCAGCCUAAGCUUGGGGUUUCCUCCCCGGCAAUUGAGGUUUAUAUUGCUGGUUGUUGUUCCGGUAUGCCAGUGAUCUUGACGCAGACAAUUCAGGUUAGUCCGCGGCGGAGGAACUUGAGGCAAGGUGUCCUGGAUGCAAUUCCCGAGGAUGAAGAAGUUGGAAAGGAGGAGAAUGGAAGUAAUGGGUUGAUUCGGCACCAGAAAGUGCAGAUGCUAGAGUCUGAAGUUGAUGAUUAUGACCCAGAUGGUAAAAUGGGGCAUGGUUUCUAUGGUGAUGAUGUUUACACCGGCGAAGAUGGGCAGCUCUCAUGGUUUAAUGCAGGUGUCAGAGUGGGUGUUGGUAUUGGUCUUGGAGUGUGCCUUGGAGUUGGAAUCGGGGUUGGCUUGCUCAUGCGUUCAUACCAAACCACAACAAGACAUUUUAGACGACGGUUUAUGUAAUUAGGAUAUUGUUACUUGGGAAUCUGGAGAUUGUUAUACUAGUGAAUAGACAAUAAAGGGGAAGAGAUUUUCGGGUUCCCAAUCGUCAAGCCUGCACAUAACAUACAAUAAUGCAGGUGAGGAAGCAUUAAGUUGUUAGGAUUUUGAACGGAAUCAAGAAGUCAGUGACAGCCACUCAAGGAAGUUGAACGUUAACUUCUUCUGUAGGCAGGAUGAAAGCUGUACAGUCGCCCCUUUUUGUUCUUUUCUCUACAUGAAGCACUCUCUCUCAGGCAGCAGAGACCUUCUUGCUCAGUUUCAUGGCUACUUACUUUUCUAUGACUAUGAUGUUUCUUUACAUAAAUUGCAGGGCUCGUGUUGGUGCUUAUCCUUGAUCGAUGUAGCCUUUCAUCAAAGGGGUAGCAACGGAACACAAUCCUGCAGCAAAAAAGAAUUUCCUAGGACAGAAUAAGCUUGUGUGAGGUUUGAUUUCGUCGUGAAGAGUAUCUACUUUUCUUUACUGAUGCUGUAUAGGAUACUGCCCUUUUUUAUUCACUCCUUUUCGUUGGGGGUUAAAUCACAAAUAUAGUCGCUUUACAUUGUCAUUUUUUUUCCUAUACUUUAAUCUGCUUCGAUUUAGUCUCAGUAGUUUUGUAAAUAUAUUAGUUUAAGGCCCCAUUUGAUAAUCAUUUGACUUUUGAAAAUUAAUCUCAUAAACACUACUUCCACCUAUAAGUUUCUUUGGUUUGUUAUUUACGUCUACUAAUGUUUUAAAAAACAAAGCUAAGUUUUGAAACCUUAAAAAAAAGGUGUAAUUUUUAUAAACUGUUUUUGGAAUUUAAAGGAAAGGUGAAAACUAUAGUAAGUAGAUUAUGAGGAAACAAACAUAAAUCUUUGAAACAUAAAACUAAAAAUGAAAUCGUUAUCCAAUGGGGCUUAGUUUCUGAAGUUGAUUAUCCAGUUAAAUAGUAUUGUAAAGUUGACAUAGUACAGAUGGGGAGCUGCCCUGACAUUUUCAUAUGUCGUACAGUUACGCAAUAAAGUUCCCAUAGAAUGAUGUCAUUCGAUGCUAUUUAACUGGAUAGUUAGAUUUGGAGACGAAAUUAAUAUUUUUGCAGAAGUACAAGAACUAACGCGAAGCACAUGAAAAGACAAGAUGAAAAUGUUCAAAUGACAAAGUACUAGUACUAGAGUUACAUUUUUUCCCCCCCUCUGUUUGAAUUGUUCUGUCCAAAAAUUUUCUUACCUUUCAUGGAGUGUAAAUUACUUUCUUGUAGCAACUUUCUCUGGAUGAGUUCUUUGAAUGUGAUUAUGCAUCAAUCUCAGGCAGCGCCUUGAGCUAAUUUCAUUAGCA